AUGGCAUGGCCAUACUCAGCCCUCAUCGGUGUCAUUGUCGUAGUCGUUUUUUACAGGUGGCUGAAUAUCGCAUUCCACCCCGAUCUGCGACACGUGCCAGGCCCGUUUCUCAACCGAUUCAGCAGACUACCGCUCAAGUACGCCAUCUGCACAGGACACCGGGCCGACUACAUCCACAGUCUGCACCAGAAGUAUGGCCAUGUCGUCCGCAUUGCGCCAAAUGAAGUAGAUGUCUCCGACAUCAAAGCUGUGAAGAUAAUCCACAGAUCUGGGACCGGAUACCUGAAAGCCGACUGGUAUCCCAACACGCACCCCACGAAGACUAGUGACGAUGAUAUGUGCUUGUUUCAGGUCCAGAAUCCAAAGACAGCGGCCGAGAGGAGAAAGCUUUAUCAUCGGUCCGGAAGCAGAUUGGCGCUGAAGGCGUGGGAGCCUCAAGUUAGAGAGUAUACGGAGGUUGCGGUCGCGAAGAUUAAGCGAGAUAUUCACAAUCUUGGUCAAGCCGAUAUUUGGAAAUGGUUUACCUACAUGGCUACUGACCUCAUCGGCGUGGUUGCGUUUGGAGAGUCGUUUGGUUUGUUGAGGACCGAAGUAGAUAUCACCUUGACCCACGACCUCGAGAAAAUCAUGAUGCUUACCGGACUCGGAGUCGAAUUCAACCUGUGGUUCUUUGUCAGGUACUUCUCGGUCCCAGGUAUAGGAAACUUGAAGAAAAUACUGGCACGUAUGCUUGAAGAAGGCUAUCGAGCCGUCGCGGCGACCAAGAAUUCCGCAAAGGGCGGCUCGCAUACGCUCUUCUCGAAGAUGGUUCCUGAAGACGGAUCUGAGGCACCGUUGGUGGAUAGCGUGGUUGCGAACGAGGCUAUCGGAGAUAUUGUCGCGGGCAGCGAUACCACUGUCGCGGGCAUUGUUUACAUCAUCUAUGCGGUACUGCGCCAUCCUAAGGUCAAGAAAAGGCUAGAAGAAGAGCUUGCCACCUGUUCCGCAAGUCCCAGCUGGGAUGAGCUGGAGGGAAAAGCGUAUCUCAAUUGGGUGGUUGAUGAGGGACUGAGAUUGUAUCCCCCUGCACCUUCCAGUCUACCUCGGAAGGUUCCCGACAAAGGUGCCAUGCUGGGCGGGUUUCAAUUGCCUGGGAGAUGUGUGGUAUCUACACAAGCUCUCACCAUUCAGCGAGAUCCCAUUGCUUUUCCCAAUCCCGAAGAAUUCAUCCCAGAACGGUGGGAGAACGCUACCGCGGAAAUGAAAGAUCAUUUUGUUGUGUUUGGUGGUAGCAUGAGAUCAUGUGUAGGACAACACUUGGCUCGACUGGAGCUAUUGUUUGCAGUUCAGACUUUCUUUCGAGAAUGUCCAGAUGUUGUGAUGGCCCAAAGCGCUGACGAGAAGUGCAUGGAAAGACUGGAUUUCUUCACGGCGAAGCCACGAGGUGGAAAGGUCGAGCUGACCAAGAAAUAA